CACAAAUUGAGCCCCUCAAUCUUGACACUUCCAGUUCAAACCAAACUUUUGGUCUUCGGAAUUGCUCAGAUACUCUAUCACGAUAUCACAAAAUCUAGAUAUCUUUGAAGAGUUGCAAUCAUGAGUUCCCCGCUACACCCUUCUUCAGCUCGUCCGAAUAGAAAGCGAUCGCGAACAGGAGGAAGCGAUGGCCCUUCACCAGCAGGCUUCGGCUCAAGCCCUAUGCCUUCUUCGCCCCCUGCCGAGUUCAACAUGGCACAUGGUGUUGAGGAUGACGAUGACAUCGAGGAAGAGGCCCAGAUCCAAGACGAUAUCGACGAGCUCGACGAAAUGGCAGAAGACGACGUUGAUCUGUUCCGUGAAGGCUACGAGGCCGAUUACCAAGAACGGGAGAAUGACAUGUACGAGGGCAUUGGCAUUGACGAUGAGGGGGAUUAUGACGAGAUGAACCUCGCCGACCGACGUCGGCUAGAAGCUCAGCUCAACCGAAGAGAUCAGGCAGUCAGACGGGAAAUCCCUAAUAUUUACCUCGAUGGAGAUGAAGAUGAUGGCGAUAUUGAUCUCACAGCUCAGCCCCGACGUCGCCGUCACCAUUACGACGAAGAUCCCGACGACCUCAUGGACACCGAUAUCAUGGCCGAGGAACUCUCGCUGGAAGCACUUGCUGAUGUCAAGGCUUCCAACCUCACCGAGUGGGUGUCGCAACCCUCAGUUCAGCGAACCAUCAGACGCGAGUUCAAGGCUUUCCUCACAUCCUACACCGAUAGCUCUGGCUCAUCCGUGUACGGCAACCGAAUCCGAACACUCGGUGAGAUCAACGCCGAGUCUCUUGAGGUCUCAUACGAACACCUCUCUGAAAGCAAGGCCAUUCUGGCUUACUUCUUGGCCAAUGCGCCUCAAGAGAUGAUCAAGUUGUUCGACGAGGUUGCCAUGGACGUUGUUCUGCUUCACUACCCCGAUUACGAGCGCAUUCAUGCCGAGAUUCACGUUCGUAUCUUUGAUCUGCCUGUGCACUACACACUACGACAACUCCGCCAGUCUCAUCUCAACUGUCUUGUUCGAGUCAGCGGUGUCGUUACCCGACGAUCGGGUGUCUUCCCUCAGCUCAAGUACGUCAAGUUUGACUGCAGCAAGUGCGGUGUGACUCUUGGACCUUUCCAGCAAGAGUCAAACGUCGAAGUCAAGAUCACAUUCUGUCAGAGCUGCCAGUCGCGAGGUCCCUUCACUCUCAACUCGGAGAAGACCGUCUACCGAAACUACCAGAAACUCACUCUCCAGGAAUCUCCUGGAACAGUACCUGCCGGUCGAUUGCCACGAUCGCGCGAGGUUAUCCUUCUCUGGGAUCUCAUUGACAAGGCGAAGCCCGGCGAGGAGAUUGAAGUGACUGGAAUCUACCGCAACAACUAUGAUGCUCAGCUCAACAACCGCAAUGGCUUCCCUGUGUUUGCUACCAUCCUUGAGGCAAACAACGUUGUCAAGUCUCAUGACCAGCUGGCUGGUUUUCGAAUGACUGAGGAGGAUGAGCACACAAUCCGCAAGUUGUCUCGCGACCCCAACAUCGUGGACAAGAUCAUCAACUCAAUAGCACCUAGUAUCUAUGGACAUUCUGACAUCAAGACCGCCGUGGCUCUGUCGCUUUUCGGCGGUGUUGCCAAAGUAACCAAGGGUGCUCAUCACCUUCGAGGUGAUAUCAAUGUGCUCCUCCUCGGUGAUCCUGGUACUGCCAAGUCCCAGGUCCUCAAGUAUGCCGAGAAGACAGCCCACCGAGCUGUGUUUGCUACAGGUCAAGGUGCCAGUGCUGUCGGUUUGACGGCCAGUGUCCGAAGAGAUCCUCUCACCAGUGAAUGGACGUUGGAAGGUGGCGCUCUGGUGUUGGCUGAUCGUGGAACCUGCCUCAUUGACGAGUUCGACAAGAUGAACGACCAAGAUCGAACAUCUAUCCACGAAGCUAUGGAACAGCAGACCAUCUCUAUCUCCAAGGCCGGUAUUGUCACCACCCUACAAGCUCGAUGCGGUGUCAUUGCUGCUGCCAAUCCCAUCGGUGGGCGAUACAACUCCACCGCUCCUUUCUCUGCCAAUGUCGAGUUGACAGAGCCUAUCUUGUCCCGUUUUGAUAUCCUGUGUGUAGUACGAGACACAGUUGAACCCGAAGAGGAUGAGCGUCUGGCCCGAUUCAUCGUCGGAUCACAUAGCCGAAGUCAUCCUCUCAGCCAGGCUGAGCAGGACUCGAUGGAGGUUGAACAUGAUACACAAGCUGAGACACAAGCCACGAAUGGUGGUCGCAAGGCUGAGGGUGAGAUCCCUCAAGAGCUACUAAGGAAGUAUAUCCUCUAUGCUCGGGAGCACUGCUCACCGAAGCUCUAUCACGUCGAUGAGGACAAGAUUGCACGACUCUUUGCCGACAUGCGACGAGAAUCUCUUGCCACUGGUGCCUACCCCAUCACAGUGCGACAUCUUGAAGCCAUCAUCCGCAUCAGCGAAGCUUUCUGCCGCAUGCGCCUCUCAGAAUACUGCUCAUCACAAGACAUCGACCGCGCCAUCGCCGUCACAGUGGACAGCUUCGUGGGCAGCCAGAAAGUUAGUUGCAAGAAGGCUCUCGCGAGGGCGUUCGCCAAGUACACGCUCGCACGACCUGGUACUCAGAAGAAGGCCGGCGGUAACAGCCAAGCGAGACGGCAGACUGCUGUUGUUGGUUAAAACGGAUAGUGUGUUGGUCUGAUGUUGCAAUGAGGACGGGUGUUUUGGCGAAGAGGUUGGGAAUGGAUAUCAGCUUUGCAAUGACGGCUUGUAUGAUUGAGUUGAGAAUACCUCGUAUGUAGAUUUAAUGUAUCAUGAGAUCAAAAUUCACGAUCA